UUUGAAUCUAAAUUCGCUACGCCGGAGCUUAAAGCUGUCUCGAUUAAGAGAUCGUCAUAACUCGGCGAUGAUCGAGCUUGUCAUUGACUUACUUAUUGAGCUCAUGUCGUUGCAACCAUCCGUCCUCUCAAGGCCUACAAAGACAAAAUGCGACUCCUCAUCUCUCAGCUGCUCCCCCUUCUCCUUCUAGGGCGCGCAAAUGCGAUCAUAGCCCAGGACCCUGGGGUGUUCGGGCCCCAGUUGGAGCUCGUCCACAAAUAUUUUGACGAGUGGCCUACAGGUGUUGCUGUGUCCUCCACGGGCCGCAUAUUUUCCUGCUAUCCUCUUGGCAUGGAUUCCAACAAUACUCGGUACCAAGUGGCUGAACUGACAAGCGCAACAACCGAGUCGCCCUAUCCCUCUGCUGACUUCAAUUUCCCUCCUGGUGGAGCCGUCAACUACUCUACCUUUCCACCGACAACGGCAAACUACGUCGAUCAUCUAAUAAGCGUUCAAAGCGUCUACAUCGAUGCUAAGGAUCGCCUGUGGAUUCUCGAUACCGGUCGUGCGCAGACAACCAACGGGACUCUCCUCUUAUCCUCUUAUGGUGGCCCUAAGCUCGUCGGAGUGGACCUAAACAUCAACAAGGUCUUCAAAACAAUCAUCUUCCCCCGAGAUGUCGUCUUCCCUGACUCGUAUCCCAACGACGUCCGAUUCGAUCUCCGUUCCGACCUCAGUGGCUCGUCUGGCCAGGGCAUUGCCUACCUUACAGACUCCAGCCCAGAAGGCCGCAACGGCCUCAUUGUUGUGGAUAUUGGAACAGGGGGGGCCUGGCGUCAGCUUGACGGUCUACCCUUGACCAAAGCGGAACCUAAUUUCAAGGCAUUUAUCUGGGGAGAUGUGGUCUCCGUGUCCAUCGGAACCGAUGGAAUCACGGUCUCGGCUGAUGGGGAAACGCUCUACUUUGGCGUUGUGAGCGGACGAAACCUUCACUCGAUCCCGACUGCCAUACUGCGGGAUUCAUCCCCGGCGGGACAGGCGCUGGCGCUGCAGAGCGUGACCACCUUGACGCAGAAGGGAGUAAGUGACGGAUACGAGGUUGACUCUUUGGGAAGAAUCUAUGUGGGAAGCUUCGAGUCGAACGCCAUCAAUGUCUUCUAUCCUGGGAAUUCCAGCGUGCAGACGUUCGUGAGGGACCCGCGGAUCGGAUGGACGGAUUCGAUGAGCGUGGUGACUUUGAAGAAGAAUCUGACCGACAAAGGGUAUGUGUAUUUCACGGAGAAUCAACUCUGGAGAGCAGAGAAGGUGAGACCCUUUGCACUGUUUCGGGUGGAAUUGCCUGCGGGGGCCGGGAAGGUCAUUCUA